UCAAAAUUAAUAUAAAAAUAUAUAUACGGACAACUCAAGAAGAAACUACAGGGCGGUGGCAGCGGUAAAAUUUAAAUAACUAAAUAAAAUUUAAUAACACAUAAAAGUACAUAUAAAAAUUAAAUAUCACCAUGGAACCGGUUAAAGAAGAAUUUGCAAGUUUAUCGUCAGUCUCCAUUACGUCCCGCAUCCCAGAUUUUUGGAAGAAAUCGCCGAAAAUAUGGUUUAUACAAACGGAAGCAGUUUUAUCGCCACAGAAAAUGUCAGAUGAAGCGAAAUACCAAAUAGUAAUUUCUAAAUUAACGCCAGAAGUCAUCGAGCAAGUCACGGACAUUUUAAUUAGCCCGCCGGAGACAGGAAAAUAUGAAAAGUUAAAAAGAAGAUUAUUACAAAUUUUUGAAGAAUCGGAAGAUCGACAAAUAAAAAAAUUAAUUGGCGAAAUGGAAUUGGGUGAUCAAAAACCGUCACAAUUAAUGAGGAAAAUGCAAGAUUUGGCGCGUGGACGAGUAACAACAGAAACACUUCUAGUUUUAUGGCAAAAUUUAUUACCGCCGGCAAUAAGAGCUGUGUUAGCCGUAUCCGAGAGUAAAAGUGAAGAUAUUUUGGCAUCAAUAGCAGAUAAAGUUAUGGAGAGCAUGACACCCUUAAACUCGGUAUCAGCAGUUCAACAGUCCAGUUUAAGCAACAGUCCAGAAAAUAAUUUGAUUGGUGAGAUAGAAAAAUUAAAUAAUCGACUGAGAAGAUUGGAAACAAGAAAUAAUACAUCAAAUUUUAGAACGAGGUCACGAUCCAGGUCAAGAGGUAGAUUUCAACGUAAUCAAAGGCAUAAUCCCAAUUGGCUUUGUAAAUACCAUUACAAAUAUAAAAACAAAGCGACGAAAUGUGUGAAACCGUGCAACUGGAAACCUAGUCAGCGUGAGAAACCAGCGGAAAACUAGCAUCGGUGCAGCCAGCGACGGGUGCCUGCGACCGAGUCUACAGAAAUAACCGUCUCAGUGUUUUGGACAGAAAUUCAGGACUAAACUUUUUAGUUGAUAGUGGUGCAAAUGUGUCCGUCAUCCCGCGUAGUGUGGUGUAUGAGACGCCAAAACACGAUGUUUGUCACUAUAUCGAGACGACAGGACCGCCGGUGCAUGCGAGAGCGAGGCAGCUUCCUCCUGACAGGUACGUAAAGGCUAAAA